AUGGCAGGACUCCUCGGUUUCCUAGCACAAGUCAUGUCCGAGAUGUGGGCGCCGGUGGAGGAGCUUAACGGCAGGAGGAGGAUUUGGGGGCGAGUAACCAGGGAUCUACUGACAGUAUACAACCAGUAUGCCUGUUGUGAAAACAGACUGCCUACCUGCCGUCUUCGUGAAACCUUCAAUUCACUCAACCUCUUUCCAUCCAACUCUCAGGUUUACGAGAUGGUGCAGUGUGCAAUGGAGUAUGGAAGUCCCUGUGAAGCAGAUAACAUCACCUUUGGAGAAUUCUGUGUAUUAGUGUCAGAACUCCAAGCAUACUACCUCAGGAAACCAGUCACACCUCAACCACGAUCCAUGUACAGAGAGAGAUCAACAUCUAGUCCCUGUAAACGAUGGCAGCAUAGAGUGUUUCUGGGCGGAUCUUGUAACCCUACAAGCUGGCGACAGGAUACAGCUAUCCCAUUCUUCAAACAACAUGGCAUCACAUUCUACAACCCUCAAGUACAGAGCUGGAGAGAAGAAUUAGUGGAGCUAGAAGCUCGAGCAAAACAGAGAGCAGACAUUUUGUUUUUUGUGAUUGAUAACCAGACCAGGGCUAUAACCUCUAUGAUUGAGACAGCCUACCUUGUAGCCACCCGGCGACAAGUAAUUGCGAUUAUACAUGAGUAUGAUAAGAACAUGAAGAUCUGUGGGGAAGAGGUUUCUAAGAGUGAGGUGAUGGACCUUUUGAGAGCCAGACUGAUACUUGUGGACUUAGUGGAGAGAAACAGCAUACCAGUGUUCACCAACAUGGAAACUGCCUUGCGAUGUACCAGGACAGUACUUGACAAGGGUUUGAAGGUUGAGAAUCUGAUUGUGGAGGAUGGUGUACAACCUGUAUUGUAUGGCUACCUCAAAGUGGGAACUGCACUACUUCAUAUGAGGGAAGCCUUCAACUCCAUGGACAGUACAGAAUCUGGCUACAUCACUGCUAAAGAUGUAUGCUUGGCCUACAAGAGCUGUAUGGGAGGUCAGAUCCUUGAUCUUGAGUGGCUUAGAAACCAUAGAAACAAGAGUUCAGAUGACAAGUACAGUUUCGAGGACUUCUGUUGUAUCGUAGCAGAAUACCAGAAAAGGAACAAGUCAUUACUGGAAAAGUUGUUACAAUUGACCAGAUGUUUUUUUCAUAAAUUCACCAAUCAUUCCAUAGCACCAAACUGUAAUAAUAUACAGGAAUGUCGUGACAUAUACCUCGGGGGAAGCUGUGGGGACUCUAACUGGAGGGAGAAGAUAGCUGUCCCUCUACUAAGGAAGCAUGGACUGUCCUACGCUAAUCCAUUUAUCAAUGACUGGGAGCAGCGCCUCAUCCCCAUCCAGGUGGCCAUACGUGAAAAGUGUCGUCUGCUUCUCUACAUCAUCUCUGACAGGACACGGUCAAUAUCAUCCAUGAUUGAGGCUGGCUACUAUAUUGGAAAAGGCUGUAAGGUUAUACUCUGUGUCAAGGAACUGUCCAACGAUGUCACAGUAGGCAAGGAACCCUUGACUGAGUGUGCCAUGAAAGACUACCAGCGUGGUAGGGCCUACCUGAUAGACCUGGCUAGUCGUGAAGGCAUUCAACUGUUUGAUGACAUCACAGAAGCAGUUUUAUGUGCCAUCAACUACCUCAGAGAGAGUCAGACAUGA